CCCGCGGCCCCAGCGCUCUGCCCUUGUUUCCCGCAGACGUGUGCGGUGAGCAGAAGAGGUACCGAGGCAAAGCUUUCUUUCCAAGAUGCCCAGCAGCCCGGCGUCGAGGCGGCUGCUCCCGUGCCUCCUGUUGGCCUUUUGCUUGGCCACGGGGGUCUGGACCACGCGGGCCCCCAAGGACAAGAGCAAGCGGCAAGCCCAGCAGCAGCAGAUCGUCCAGCCCGCCCUCCCCGCCGCCCAGAACAAGCCGGGAUGCUAUGACAAUGGGCAACACUAUCAGAUAAACCAGCAGUGGGAGCGUAUUUACCUGGGGAAUACUCUGGUUUGUACCUGCUAUGGGGGGAGCAGAGGAUUCAACUGCGAAAGCAAGCCUGAAGCGGAAGAGACCUGUUUUGACAAAUACACUGGAGCUACUUACCGAGUAGGGGAGACCUAUGAGCGACCCAAGGACUCCAUGAUUUGGGACUGUACCUGCAUUGGGGCUGCUCGUGGCAGAAUCAGUUGCACAAUUGCAAAUCGCUGUCAUGAAGGUGGCCAGUCCUACAAGAUUGGUGACACUUGGCGCAGGCCUCACGAAACUGGUGGCUACAUGUUGGAGUGUGUGUGCCUUGGCAAUGGGAAGGGUGAAUGGACUUGCAAACCAGUUGCCGAGCGGUGCUAUGAUAACAGUGCUGGAACCUCCUAUGUGGUGGGAGAGAUCUGGGAGAAGCCUUAUCAAGGCUGGAUGAUCGUGGAUUGCACAUGCUUGGGAGAAGGCAGCGGGCGCAUUACUUGCACCUCAAGAAACAGAUGCAAUGAUCCAGAUACCAAGACGUCCUACAGAAUUGGAGACACCUGGAGCAAGAAGGACAACAGGGGAAAUCUGCUCCAGUGCAUCUGCACUGGCAAUGGCAGAGGGGAAUGGAAAUGCGAGAGGCAUUCAUCUCAGCAGACCACUGGAAUAGGAACGGGAUCUGCAACCAUCACAGAUGUACGAACUGCACUGUAUCAGCCUCAGCCACAGCCUGCUCCAUAUGGACACUGCGUGACAGACAAUGGCAUGGUCUACUUUUUGGGAAUGCAGUGGCUCAAGACUCAAGGGAGCCAACAUAUGCUUUGCACUUGUCUGGGCAAUGGAGUCAGCUGUCAGGAAACAACUGUGACACAAACCUAUGGUGGCAAUUCUGAUGGGGAACCCUGUGCCCUCCCCUUCACCUAUAAUGGGAGGACUUUCUACUCGUGUACCUCUGAAGGCCGCAACGAUGGGACUCUUUGGUGCAGCACCAGCUCUAACUUUGAUCAGGACCAGAAAUACUCCUUCUGUACAGAACAGAAUGUCUUGAUUCAAACACGUGGUGGCAACUCAAAUGGCGCUUUGUGCCAUUUCCCUUUCCUCUACAACAACCGUAAUUACACUGAUUGUACUUCUGAGGGGCGGAGAGACAAUAUGAAAUGGUGUGGAACCACACACAACUACGAUGGUGACCAGAAGUUUGGAUUUUGCCCCAUGGCUGCUCAUGAGGAGAUCUGCACAACCAAUGAAGGUGUUAUGUACCGUGUUGGAGACCAGUGGGACAAGCAGCACGAAAUGGGUCAUAUGAUGAAAUGCACUUGUGUAGGAAAUGGUCGUGGAGAGUGGACCUGUGUCGCUUAUUCCCAGCUCAGAGAUCAAUGUAUAGUUGAUGAAAUCACCUACGAUGUUAAUCAGACUUUCCACAAGCGUCAUGAAGAAGGACAUAUGCUGAACUGUACCUGCUUUGGUGAAGGCCGGGGGAGAUGGCAGUGUGACCCUGUUGAUCAGUGCCAAGAUUCAGAAAGCCAGACCUUCUACCAGAUUGGAGAUUCCUGGGAGAAGCAUGUUCAUGGUGUCAGAUACCAGUGCUACUGUUAUGGACGUGGUAUUGGAGAAUGGCACUGCCAGCCUCUAAGUGCAUAUCAAGGUUCCACUGGUCCUGUUCAGGUGAUUAUCACAGAUGUCCCAAUUCAUCCCGAUUCUCAUCCUGUCCAGUGGGUUGCACCAGAAUCCUCUCACAUUGCCAGUUACAUCCUCCGAUGGAGACCGAAAAACUCCAGGAUCAAGUGGAAAGAGGCCACCAUCCCAGGCUAUCUGAACUCCUACACUAUCUCAGGACUGAGACCUGGCAUUCUUUAUGAAGGGCAGCUUAUUAGUGUGCAACAUUACGGCCCAAGAGAAGUCACCCGUUUUGAAUUUACUACUUCUAGUACUACAUCUAUUUCAACCACUCGUGUGACAGGCGAAACAACAGCGCUGCCUUCAAUGGUAUCUACCUCUGAAUCAGUCACAGAAAUUACAGCUAACAGUUUUGUGGUGUCCUGGGUUUCUGCUUCAGACACGAUCUCAGGCUUCCGUGUGGAAUACGAACUAAGUGAAGAUGGCGAUGAGCCCAAGUACUUGGAUCUUCCAAGUACUGUCACUUCUGUUAACAUCCCCAACUUGCUUCCCGGCCGCAAUUACAUUGUUAGAGUCUACCAGAUCACUGAAGAGGGCAAGCCCGAUCUAAUUCUGUCAACCUCACAAACAACUGCACCUGAUGCCCCACCUGAUCACCAUGUGGAAAAUGUUGAUGACACUUCUAUCCUUGUAAGCUGGAGCAGACCAGAAGCUCCCAUCACAGGUUACCGAAUUGUCUACACUCCAUCUGUGGAAGGCAGCAGUACAGAACUCAACCUUCCUGAUUCUGCUACCUCUGUGACACUCAGUGACUUGAUGCCUGGGGUUCAGUACAAUAUCAGCAUUUUUGCUGUGGAAGAGAAUCAGGAGAGCAGUCCUAUCUUCAUUCAGCAGACGACUACAGGAGUACCAAGGGAAGGUAAGAUUCCUUCACCCAAGGACCUGCAGUUUGUGGAAGUCAGUGAUGUCAAAAUCACCAUCAUGUGGAACCCUCCUGACAGUGCCGUGACUGGCUAUCGUGUUGAAGUGAUCCCAAUUAACCGUCCGGGUGAACAUGGGCAAAAGUUGCCUAUUACUAGAUACUCCUUUUAUGAGGUCACAGAGCUUUUGCCUGGAACAACCUAUCUUUUCAAAGUCUAUGCCCUUGGACAAGGCACAGAAAGUGAACCACUGACCGGAGAACAAACAACCAGACUUGAUGGCCCAACCAACCUAAGGAUUGUCAAUGAGACUGACACUACUGUGCUGGUGACGUGGAGGCCCCCUCGUGCUCAAAUUACACGCUAUCAGCUUUCUGUGGGGCCUACCACUGGAGGACAACCAAGGCAACAUAACGUGGGGCCAUCCGCUACUAAGUAUCUAUUGAGGAAUCUGCUACCCGGUACUGAGUACACAGUGACCCUAGUGGCUGUUAAGGGCAGCCUGCAAAGCAACCCAGAGACAACAAUUUUCACAACCUUGCAACCCAGGGGAUCAGUUCCUCAUUAUAGCACUGAAGUGACAGAGACAUCUAUUGUGGUUACAUGGACACCUGCACCAAGGAUUGGUUUUAAGCUGGGUGUGCGGCCAAGCCAAGGUGGUGAAGCACCAAGAGAAGUCAUUUCUGAAUCUGGGAGUAUUGUCGUCUCAGGCCUGACUCCUGGUGUGGAAUAUAUCUACAGUAUCACAGUCCUCACAGAUGGUCAAGAGAGGGAUGCUCCUAUUGUCAAGACAGUUGUUACACCUUUGUCACCACCAACCAACCUACAUCUUGAUUCUAACCCUGACACUGGCAUCCUUACUGUCUCUUGGGAAAGAAGCACAAGUCCAGAUAUCACUGGCUACAGAAUUACUACCGUCCCUACAAAUGGACAACAAGGCUACACUCUAGAGGAAGCAGUUGGUGCUGGCCAAACGACCUGCAUCUUCGAACAUCUGAGUCCUGGUGUGGAGUAUAAUGUCAGUGUUUAUACAGUCAAAGGUCACCAGGAGAGCUUGCCCAUCUCGGAAACCAUCACACAAGAGGUGCCCCAACUCACUGACUUAAGCUUUGCUGACAUAACCGAUACAAGCAUCGCCCUGAGGUGGACCCCACUAAACGCCUCCACUAUUAUUGGCUACCGCAUCACGGUAGUGGCAGCAGGAGAGAGUGUCCCCAUUUUUGAAGAUUUUGUGGACUCUUCAGUAGGAUACUACACGGUCACAGGGCUGGAGCCGGGCAUUGAUUAUGAGAUCAGCGUAAUCACCCUCAUUAAUGGCGGAGAGAGUGCCCCCACUACGCUGACUCAACAAACGGCUGUCCCUCCCCCCACCGAUCUACGCUUCACCAAUGUGGGACCUGACACAAUAAGAGUAACCUGGACUCCGCCAACAUCCAUUGAAUUAACCAGCUUCCUUGUCCGGUUCUCACCUGUAAAGAACGAGGAGGAUGUUACAGAGCUGUCUAUCUCUCCGUCUGACAAUGCAGUGGUUUUAACAAAUCUCCUCCCUGGCACUGUGUAUUUGAUCAGAGUCUACAGUGUGUAUGAACAACAUGAGAGCAAACCUUUGAGUGGAGAGCAGAAAACAGGCCUUGAUUCCCCAACUGGGCUGGACUACUCAGAAACGACAGCUCACUCUUUCACUGUCCAUUGGAUUGCCCCUCGUGCUCCCAUCUCUGGCUACAAAAUUCGCCAUUACCCUGAGCAAGGAGGAAGCCGGCCCAAAGAGCACCGCAUUGCUCCCUCUCGCAAUUCCAUCACUCUCACGGACCUGAUUCCAGGGACCGAAUAUGUGGUCAGCAUUUCUGCCUUCAACGGAAAAGAGGAGAGCUUGCCCUUGAUUGGUCAGCAUAGUACAGUUUCCGAUGUCCCAAGAGACCUUCAUGUCACUGCCACCAGCCCCAGUAGCUUGGUCAUCUCCUGGGAGCCCCCCGCGGUUACUGUUCGGUACUACAGGAUCACGUAUGGCGAAACAGGGAGUGGCGGGCCUGUUCAAGAGUUCACAGUACCUGGACACGUGUCCUCUGCAACCAUCCCUGGCCUUAAGCCUGGAGCAGACUACACCAUCACCGUGUAUGCAGUUACCGGACGUGGAGACAGUCCUGCCAGCAGCAAACCGGUCACAGUCAACUACAGAAUUGAGAUUGAUACACCAUCCCAGCUACAAGUUACAGAUGUGCAAGAUAGCAGCAUCAGAGUGAGAUGGCAGCCUUCCUCCUCCCCAGUUACUGGCUAUAGAGUGACCGCUGCCCCAAAGAAUGGCCAUGGCCCCACAAAAACAAGAGUCCUCUCUGCAGAACAAACUGAAGUUACAAUAGAGGGACUGCAGCCUACGGUCGAGUAUAUAGUUAGCGUCUAUGCCCAGAGUCAAAAUGGAGAAAGCCAACCACUGGUUGAGACGGCUGUUACAAAAAUUGACAGCCCCAAAGGACUGACAUUCACUGAGGUGGAUGUCGAUUCCAUCAAAAUUGCUUGGGAAAGCCCACAGGGGCAAGUCACCAGGUACAGGGUGACCUACUUCACCCCUGAGGAUGGAAUCCAUGAGCUCUUCCCGGCUCCAGAUGGUGAAGACGACACUGCAGCACUUCAUGGCCUCAGGCCGGGUACUGAGUACACUGUCAGCAUCAUUGCCUUGCACGAUGGCUUGGAGAGCCUCCCUCUGAUUGGGACCCAGUCCACAGCAAUUCCACCUCCCACAAAUCUGAGGUUUGGUCAGAUUACUCCAACCAGCGUGACUAUCACCUGGACUGCACCAAAUGUUCGGCUCACUGGCUACCGUGUCAGAGUGAAUCCAAAGGAUAAAAACGGGCCAAUGAAAGAAAUUAAUGUAUCUCCUGAUAGUACAUCUGCUGUUGUUUCGGGACUCAUGGUGGCAACCAAAUAUGAAGUCACUGUCUAUGCUCUGAAGGACUCUCUGACCAGCAGACCUGCCCAGGAUGUAGUCACUACUCUUGAGAAUGUCAGCCCUCCCCGCCGGGCACGCGUAAUAGAUGUCACAGAAAGAACCAUCACAAUUAACUGGCGCACCAAGACUGAGACAAUCACUGGUUUCCAGAUUGAUGCCAUCCCAGCAAGUGGUCAGAACCCAGUCCAAAGGACAAUUGGCCCUGAUGUGAGGACCUACACCAUCACGGGCUUGCAACCUGGCACUGACUACAAGAUUUACAUCUACACCCUGAAUGACAAUGCUCGCAGUUCGCCCGUCGUGAUAGAUGCUUCCACUGCCAUCGAUGCGCCUUCCAACCUACGCUUCCUCACCACCACAACCAACUCCGUGUUGCUCAGUUGGCACCCACCCCGAGCCAAGAUCACAGGGUACAUCAUCAAGUAUGAGCGCCCUGGGGGACCAACGAGGGAGCUGCUUCCUCGUCUCCGCUCUGGCAUGACCGAAGCUACUAUCACUGGUCUAGAGCCGGGGACAGAAUACACCAUCUACAUAAUUGCUGUGAAGAAUAAUCAGAAGAGUGAACCACUGAUUGGAAAGAAAAAAACAGAUGAGCAUCCCCAGCUGGUAACGCUUCCACACCACAGCCAAGGUGGGCCAGAGUUCCUAGAUGUGCCUUCUGUUGUGGAGAACACACCUUACAUCACAAACAACCCCUAUGACAAUGGAAAUGGUAUCAAACUUCCAGGCACUUCUGGGCAGCAGCCUAUAGUGACCAACCCUGGCCAGGUCAUCGUGGAAGUGUAUGGAUCCCGGACUCCCACAACUGCAGCCACUCCAUCGCGGCGUAGACCAAAUGCAGGAGAAGAAUCUGGAGUGGUGGACCGCCAUCCUGGGCGGAUACCAGAGGUGGACAGGCCUUCUUACCCUCAUACCUUUCUGCCCAAUAACAACCGCACAAGGCCCCUGGAAGCACUUUCAGAGACUACCAUUGCAUGGACCCCCUAUUUAGAAAGCUCUGAAUAUAUCAUCUCUUGUCAGCCUGUUAGCUCUGAAGAAGAACCCACAGAGAUCAAAGUUCCUGGCACGUAUUCUAGUGCUACUCUCACAGGUCUUACAAGAGGUGCCACCUACAACAUCAUAGUGGAGGCAAUCAAAAAUCGUAGACGGCAUAAAGUUCUUGAAGAAGUAGUUACAGUGGGCAAUACUGUUUCCGAAAGGUUAAACCAACCCACAGAUGAUUCAUGCUAUGAUACUUUCACUGGCUCUUUCUACUCCCUUGGAGAGGAAUGGGAAAGAAUGUCUGAAACAGGAUUUAAGCUCUGGUGCCAAUGUCUAGGUCUUGGCAGUGGCCACUUCAGAUGUGACUCCUCAAAAUGGUGUCAUGAUAAUGGUGUGAACUACAAAAUUGGUGAGAAAUGGGACAGACAUGGAGAAAACGGAGAGAUGAUGAGUUGCACUUGCCUUGGAAAUGGGAAAGGAGAAUUCAAGUGUGAACCCCAUGAAGCAACUUGCUAUGAUGAGGGCAAGAUGUACCAUGUUGGAGAACAGUGGCAGAAAGAAUACCUUGGGGCCAUCUGCUCCUGUACAUGCUACGGAGGACAGCAGGGAUGGCGUUGUGACAAUUGUCGUAGACCUGGUGCUGCAAGCUCACCUGAAAGUUCUCCGGGCCAUACCUCUUCUUUGUACACACAGAGACAUCAAACCACAAACACCAAUGUCCAUUGUCCAAUUGAGUGCUUCUACCCUUUGCAUCUACAAUCAAAUACACAAAACCGACGGGGAGACUAACGCCCAUUAAUAGUUAACACCAGCCAAGAAAAGUCUACUUGCCAAGACCAUCCACUCUGGAAUGCUACUCAGAGAAAAGGAAAAAAGAAAGAGCAGAUCUGUCCUAGAGAGAUGGCCAGACUCCCCUUCUCAGCUUUUGCGCAGCUCACAGCUUCUCCAAGGGAGGUCACUCUUGGAGCGUCUCAAGACUUCCUUUUCACAACAGAUAGCUGUAUGUUGUCUGUCUUUUUGAUCUAAGUGUUUCAAUACCAUUCAGUAUUUUCCCCAAGACAACUCUUUACUAACUCAUAAAUUGUUCAACAAUCAGUUACAUACAUAAAAUCCCCGUAUGGGGUUGAGGGGAGGGGCUUCUCCCUAACCAAAUUGCCCCAGAUUCAGUGUUCACCCAGUUGACCAGCUAUCCAUUGAAACUGCAUAAACCCCAUCACUGUGGUAUUUAAAAUAUGCACAGUUCUAAUCUUUCUAGUUUCCCCCCCUAGCGGUAUGUUUGUAUCUCGUACUGUUAUUUAUCAGUGUUGAUCUUUCUAACCCCAUUCCCCUCCUGCCUCAAUGUUUUUCUACAGAAAAAUAUCUUAAAAGACAUUUAAUACACCGUUGACAGAGGAAUUUGGUAUAAUUAUGAUCAGUGAUUAUUUUUUAUACUGUAAGUGCCAAAGCUUUACUACUGUGGGAGACAACUCUUUUAAUAAAAAGAUUUACAAACCA